AUGACAAUGGGUAGCACCGUCGGGAAGUAUCCCGCGGCACUUGUUCUAUAUUUUCUGUGUAUGGGACUAUGGUAUCCAAUUUUAGCUCAAGAUGAAGUGAAGAUACUUGAUUUAACGACAUGGAAAGGGCAUUUGCGCAAUACAUCCGAAGUUACCUGUACUGUUGCCCCGGAGUCGGCUGUAAUUUCUUGGCUGUUCCAGGCUAAACCCUUAGUACCUAACAAUAGAACGAAUGCUACCACCAGCAAAAAAGAUUCAACAGAAGGUGAACGAUAUACUCUAUCCACAUUGACAAUAAAAGAUACGCAGUCAGAAGAUGCUGGCAACUACACCUGCGUUGCUAAAGUUGGUAGUGCUGAAGACUCCAAGGUGGCCAACUUAGACCUAAGCUUCCCAGCUCGACUGGUCAACACCACAACUAGUCCCGUCAGGGAGAAUGUCACCAAUCACGCCAACAUUACCUUGGAAUGCGUUUUUGAAGCCUACAAUCCUGGCGAAGUGAAAUGGUGGACGGGAACGAAAGAUAACAUAAAAUUACUCUCGGAAUCAAACAACACAAGAAGGAUAGGAGGCGACCUGAUAAAGAGUACCUACGUACUCCACAUCUACGGUAUUGAAGACAAUGGGACCUACGUGUGUGGGUUAGACGACCUCGUCUCCUCGACCACCGUGUCAGGAAAGAUAGACGUACUUAUCACAGCGAGGCCGCAAAUUAAAAUUGAAAAUGUCAUUCCUAUAAAUACAACACAUGUCUACAUCAACUGGACUGUCUAUGCAUACAACUCGCCUAUCAAAGAAUACCGACUGAUGUACCUUAAUAAGAAGAACGAGACAACAGGUUUCCGACACUACACAGUCCCGCCGAAAAUUGAUGCGCAGAACACGUCUUUUCUCUUGGGUGGCCUUGAAAAAGAUACUACAUACACCUUCAAGAUGCAAGUGGUGACUGAAUACGGUGAGAGCAACCGGGACAGUCCUGAGAGUAGCUACCAUAAUGUCACCACGUUGGGAACAGAUCCGACUUUCACACCCAAAAUAUCUAUCAACGGGUUCUCGGCGACAUCAGUGACCAUUGGAUGGGUCCCACCGCCGGAUAAUAUUACUGAUUUAAUACAUUACUACAUACUAGAAGCUCAGAAGAAGGAUAAUAGCACAAUUAAUUUGCGAGCCUGUCAUGAACGUAAUGGGAAGAAUCUACCGUAUAUGUUCGACAAUUUGGAGCCACACAGCACUUAUGUGUUUAAGGUACAAGCUUGUUCGGAUUACUCGAACUCCUGCGGCAACUGGUCUGAAAAGAUGGAAGCUGCUACUCUUGACGGAGUGCCUGGAGUACCAAGUAAUGUUGUGGCGAAGUGCAGUGUGGACUUCCUUAACCUCACUUGGAGUGCCCCUGUUAAACCUAAUGCUGAAAUCAAAGGGUACACUAUGGAAAUAACUGGUAACAUGACUUAUAAGGACCGUUUUGGUGUUGAGAGAGUAGCUACGUGGGGGCCGCUGUCCAAAUUCAUGACUAAUGUCACAAAUAACACUGGAGUGAACGACCUCCCUCCUAACACUCGCUUCAUGAUCCGCCUGAGUGCUGUGACACGCACGCGCCGUCGUGGCGAGGAGAAUGUCACGUUUUGCCACACCCUGCCAGCCCCACCUGAUUCACCACCGCGGCCAAGAUGGCGGAAGAUCCUAGAAAAUGGCACAUACAUGUUCAAAAUGUAUUUGCCAAGGAUGUCGGAACGAAAUGGACCCAUCUGUUGUUAUAGAGUGUACAUGGUACGUCUACCUGCAGGGAACAUAGACUGGAAGAGAUUGCCUUCUCCACGGGACAUUGACGUACUCGAAUAUAAGGAUUCACAAACUAAGUUAGGCGCUUAUGUUGCUGAUGUUUUCUCAAAUGACAAAUUCACAAAGGACAACAUAGAAUUGGUGUUAGGUGAUGACAAAGUAGUCUUUGACAAGCAAACAGAUCCUACACUAAAUCAAGAUAGAUGUCGCCGCUGUCUGAAGAGGCCGAAGAGAGUCCAUCAUGAACCAACCCCAGCACCCAUCACCACAACCACUUUGGAUGAUUUUGAGGAUGCUUUGAUAGAUUUUGCUACAGGCACUGAUGAUCCGAUUGAACGAGAUAAUUCCGACAGAUUAUCUAGACGGUCUCCUGAUAAUAUCGAUUUCAGCAACAAUCCUACAAUGUUGAACAAACAAGAAGAUGAUUCUGAAAUCAGAGUGAGAGACGGCCCUCUCGAUCCCACCGCCAACUAUACGCUCUUUGUGGAACUAAUAUCGAGUUCAGACCCGGACGAGGCGUUGUUCAGUGAGUACACGUCGCUACUGAUGCCGGCCGCCAGUCCCCCAGUGCCCGUCCCCUCCACUGCACUCGAGAUCGCUUUACAGAUCACCUGUGCAGUGGCGGCAGUGAUUCUGCUCCUGAUGAUAGUAUUCUGCAUCAUGCAGACGCGGCGCACGCGCAAGAUGCCUGCGCACGUACAGAUUGACAAUCCCUUCUCCUAUGCACUUAGAUACUGGGACAGUAUCCGCGGCCGCCAGCCCUUGGUGUCGACGGUCCCGCCCGAUAUACCUCCCAUACCCAAGGACGAGCUGGCCGCUGCGUACGCUCAGCGACAGGUUGACUCCGACUACGGAUUCCAGAAGGAGUUUGAAAUGCUACCAGAGUGCUUCCCGGACCGCACCACACACGCUUCGGAAGCUAGAGAGAACCAGCCCAAGAAUCGAUACCCGGACAUUAAGGCUUAUGACCAGACCCGGGUAAAACUGUCUCAGAUUGAUGGUAUCACCGGAUCCGAUUAUAUCAAUGCGAACUACGUUAUGGGAUACCAGGACCCUUCGGAGCCUGAACAGGAACGCAAACAGUUCAUCUGCGCCCAAGGUCCAACGGACACCACAGUGAAUGACUUCUGGCGCAUGAUCUGGGAACAUGGUUUGGAGCUGAUCGUGAUGCUGACCAACCUUGAGGAGUACUCCAAGGUCAAGUGCUCCAAAUACUGGCCUGAGGAGAGAUCCUCCAGAGCUUUUGGAGGCAUCACCGUGCAUCAUAUUGGUGAAAAGAGAUAUUCGGACUACAUCGUACGAGAACUGAAGAUCACCAAGCAGCCAGUCACGGCUGAUGGACAGCCAAUCGUUGAAAACAAUGGCAUUGCGAAGAGGAAUGGAGACAUAAAAGAAGCGUCCGAAUCCAGUGCUCCGACAUCCCCUCGCGAGGUGAAGGAGAGCGGCGAGUAUCGCAUCGUGCGCCAGUACCACUUCCUCAUGUGGAAGGACUUCGCGGCGCCAGAGCAUCCACAUUCCAUACUCAAGUUUAUUAAGAGAGUAAACGAAGCCUGGACGAGUAUGGUGGGUCGGCCAGUGGUGGUCCACUGCAGUGCGGGCGUGGGUCGCACCGGGACACUGGUGGCGCUGGACUGUCUACUGGAACAGCUGCGGGCCACUGGACAAGUCUCCGUCUUUAAUACUGUCGCCGAACUCAGGAGGCAGAGGAACUUCUUGGUGCAGUCGCUGAAACAAUACGUAUUCGUAUACCGCGCGUUAGUGGAGUACGCUCACUACGGCGACACAGAGAUCCCCGCCUCCCGCCUCAAGCCCGCCGUGGACAGACUGCGCAAUACUCCAGACCAUGCUGAUAAAUGUCUCAUGGAGGUCGAAUUUGAGAAAAUGCUGAACAGUCCAGUAGCUGAACCUCUGAAGUCAAUGGGCGCCGGCGCAGGCGAGGAGCUGCGCGCGCGCAACCGAAGCCCCGAGUGUCUGCCGUACGACAGGAACAGGGUCAUACUCACUCCUAUACCUGGCAGGGACUUCUCUACUUAUAUCAAUGCUUCGUUUAUUGAAGCAUACGACAACUCGGAAGGUUUCAUAAUAACGCAGGAUCCUCUACCGAACACGAUCAUGGACUUCUGGCGGAUGGUCUCCGAACACAAUGUCACCACUAUUGUGAUGCUUAGUGAGCUGGGCGAGGGCAAAUGUCCGCGGUACUGGGAUGACGGCACAGUCCAGUACGAACACAUCUCGGUGCAGUAUGAGGAGAGCGAGUCCUGCCCCUACUACACCAGGAGACAGUUCAGGGUCACUAAUGAUAAGAGCGGCGAGGUGACGGUGGUCCGCCAGCUGCAGUACCAGGGCUGGCCGACGGCGCGCGGCCACGUGCCCGAGGUGACGCGCGGCCUGGCCGAGCUGGCCGACGCCGCCGCGCCCGCGCUCGCGCCCACCAUGCUCGUGCACUGCCAACUGGGCACGGAGCGGUCCCCCCUGUUCGUGGCGCUGUGCACGCUGAUCCGCGCGCUGCGCGUGGAGCGCCGCGUCGACGUCAGCGCCACCGCGCGCGCAGUGCGCACGCAGCGCGCACGGACCAUCGACACCUUCUUACAAUACGAGUUCCUGUACCGUGCCAUACUGAACUACGCGGAGCUACACAAUCUGCUAGAGGACAGUUAA